CAUGCAAGCAGCAGCAGACACAACAAGGCAAAAUGGAUUCUCGUGGAUGGAGCAAAAGCGAAACCCGCUGUCUGAUUUCCAGCUGGGCCGAGGAGUCCGUGCAGCAGAAACUGGGUGAUUCAUAUCACAACCGGCUGAUUUAUGAGGACAUUUCUAACAAACUGAAGGAGAAUGGUUACAGCAGAACAUGGCUGCAGUGCCAGCGUAAAAUCAAACACCUCAAGCAUCUUUUCAGAAAAGCCAAGGACUCUAACAAGUCCAAGAGGGACAGAGCGAGCUGUCCUUUUUACGAUGAAUUGGAAAAGGUGCUAGAAAACCGACCGUCCUUCUGUCCCGGUGAAGGCGAUGUGUUGGACUUGAAGCCUGAAGGGUCUCUGAUCUACUCAACGGUGACCGCCAUUGCAGAUGCAGCCACGUUUAGCAACACUACGCCUGCUGAAAGCAAGGACGGCGGCGGCGAUAGUGACGGCUUCCUCCCCCUUUCCUCCCUCCGUCUUAUCGUCCCCCCUCUGCAGCUCGUGUCUGCAGCUCUGUGGGAGAUACUGAAGCAGGGAGCUGUGAUGUACUACGGUCUGCUGGAGGACUUUGUUACCACGGUGUUGGAAACUGUCCCUGAACUGCUCACUUACACAGAGAGAGUCCAGUUACUUAUGGGCCUAAGAGCAAAGGUGGUGCUAGACUUGUGCCGAAAUGAUGAUUUCGCCAGUCCUCAGGCCAUCCAGCCUCAUCUGAGCAGAAUAAACACGUACAUUACAAACCAGGAUAAAGAGAGUUCCAGUUCUGAGAUAAAAGCUUUAAUGUCAAACUUCCUGAAGCUUGUUCACACUCUAGUGGACGAUCAAUGCCAGAGAGAUAUCUUUUAUCAGAAAACCUUCCCAACAGUGUUCGGCCCUAACUAUGAUUCAGCUCUACAGGCUCUGAUGAGAAAGUUUCUCUUCAAUCUGCAGAAGCUGCUGCCUGUCCCAAACCUUGAACAAACUUCCCAGCGGCUCGGUCUCUCCCCUACUGUCUUGAAAGAGUGUGUAGACUUCAUGAAUCAACCUGAGCCCCUGAACACACUCAUUCAGCAUCACAAACAUCACGGCCACAAAGUUUCUCAAGCUUUGUCUUCCUCCGGUGAUGAUUGCAUUCUUUCCAGCCUGUCCUUUAACCUGCCAAAUGUGGACAAUGACAAAGGAGACGCACUCAGCUGUGAGCCAAAAAGGUUGAAAGAAGAAACCAUUGAGGAGAUAAAUUCAGAAUCAAUGAGCAAUGUUGAAAGAAAUGGCCAGCAGCAUGAUGACGAUGUGACAGAAGACGAAGGCGCCUUUGUAGAAGUAAUACUCCAACCUUUCGAUGAAAGCGAGUCUACUGAUGAUGACGACAUGGACAAAACAUGGUUCCACCAUUUGAAAACUGGCAGGAAGACGUCCUCAAAAACCUUUAAGUGUCUUGUUUGCGGCCAAGAUUUUAGUUCCCGUCAGAAACUAAGGAAGCAUAAGAUAACCCAUAGUGGUUGCUUUAGGGAUAUAGAUUUACAUCCUAAACCAAACAUUUGUGUUGAGAAAAAUGCCUCUAGAAGUGAGGGUGAGUUUUCAUCAUGUGCAAGUUCCAAAACACAUAACCCAUCAAAUCUGAAUAGUCUACAAGCAGAGACAAGCCCACAGUGUUCUACAAGCUUACCUCAACACGCCAAACUGAACCCUGCUGAUAAGACCAAAGAGUCUUUCCUUAGCGAAACUGGAUCUUCAAAUGUUGCACCCCAGGAAUCAACAUGUCCUGACUCACAGCAAGAGCAAACUGGUAAAAGAAGCCGUCGUGUCAAACAAUGCUCCAACUGCGGGAAAAUAUUUACCUGUUCUGCUGACUUGAUGAGGCACAUGCGAUGCCACACUCAACAGAACCACUGUUUUCAUUGUGGAAAAGACUUUGACAGCUCUGAUGAAGACUGCGAGGUGCACCAGGAAGGUAAAUGCAACAUUCAAAACCAGGACACUUUUGUGAGCAACACCAAGAAAAAGAAUCAAGAGAAUAAUAUUUCAAGCGGUGUCGCUAGGCUACCAACAAUCACACAUGCAACUGCCUACUCUCAGGCUAAAUCACCUAUGACAUGUCAGGAAUGUGGCCAGGAUUUUAGUUAUUACAAGAGUUUUGAGAAGCACAAGAGCAAAUGCUCCAAACGGGCUCCUCGAAGGAAAAGGCGUUUUAACACGGACUAUUUUGUUAUCAACGGGUGCAAUUUCCGAUCAGCUGACAGUACCAACGAGAGCCACGCAGAGAUAAGUUCCGAAACGAAGGAGGGUGAAAAAACUCCUGCCUCCGCCGACGGCCCCCAGACUAAAAGUCGUAGCUUUAAGUGCACUAUGUGUGAAAAGAAUUUUUCAAACAUCGCCAUCAUGAACAGACAUUAUUCCCAGUCACAUAAAGUUCGAGGUCCAUACCCCUGUCCGAUAUGUAAGGGGACCUUUGUGAGGUUAUGCGAACUGGUUCGACAUCUGCAAAACAAAAACUUGUACCAGUGUGCUGUCUGUAAUAAAUGUUUCCCAAAGCCAGGACAAGUGCAUGAUCAUGAAAAAAUACACACUGCAUGCCGAACACCACGCAUCUGUGAAACGUGCGGGCGAAGCUUCAAAUAUCUCGCCCAUCUGGUUUUGCACCAGAGAAAGCAUCGAGAUCGGCAACCUACCGUUUGUUCCUACUGCGGCAAACAGUUCAGCUCAAAAGACUGCCUGAAAGCGCAUAUGGUCAGGCACUUAGGUGGCUUCCCGUGCCCAGUCUGUGGGAAGAAAUUCAAUCAAAAAACGUACCUAAAAUGGCAUCUGUAUAAACACACUGGGCAAGCGCCGUACCUCUGCGAAACAUGUGGCAAAGGCUGGCCGAGCGCAGCGCAGCUCAAGCUCCACAUGAUCCAACACACGGAGGAGAGGCCGUUCAAGUGCGAGGACUGCGGUGUGGCUUACAAGAGGGAAUCCCAUUUGAUCGCUCACCGCAGAGCCAAACAUAUCAGGUUGCGGCCGUUUGUGUGUGAAGUUUGCAGCAAAGCAUUUCGAUUAAACAACGAGCUGAAGAAACACAUGAUGGUUCACACGGGGGAACGGCCGUUCACAUGUCCGAGGUGUGACAAAACGUUCACCAGAAAAUCUCGCCUGAGGGAACACAGAGAAAAGGGGUGUCUGUAUUAACUUCACUGUUCAUGAUUCAUGUGCCAUACCAC